AUGACCUCUCAACCCAACAAGUCAUUCUCUGUGUCUGGCAAAACUGCCAUUAUCACUGGAGCCGGUUCAGGAAUCAACUAUGAAUUCGCUAAAAUUCUCCUCUCUAAGAACUGCAAUGUUGCCAUCGCAGAUCUCUCCCUUCGACCAGAAGCCCAAGAUCUAGUGUCUCAAUACUCGUCAUCCUCCUCACCACGGGCAGUCUUUGUCAAAACAGACGUAACAUCCUGGAAAGAUCUGGCGAACGCUUUUAGAAUUACUAUCAAAGAAUUCGGUGACUUUGACAUCGUCUGUCCUGGUGCAGGUGUCUACGAGCCUACCUGGUCCCACUUCUGGCAUCCGCCAGGAUCUCCUGAGAGCCAAGAUGAUCUUGAAGGUGAUGGUUACAAGCUGCUCGAUAUUAACCUCACCCAUCCCAUUCGGGCCACUCAAAUGGCUGUUUCCUACUGGUUGCAUGGUCCCGGGGAAAAGGCAUCACUUGAGAAUCCAAAGCGAGUUAUCCACAUUUCUUCUAUCGCCGCUCAAAUCCCUGUCUUCAGAGCACCCAUGUAUGGUGCGAGCAAAUUCGGAAUCACAGGCUUUGUUCGAUGUCUAGCAAAUCUUGAACAAGUCGGUAUACGAGUUAACGCAGUUGCUCCCGGUGUGGUGCGCACGCCUCUAUGGACGGAAGACACAGAAAAGAUUAAGUACGUGAACGAGGCGCAGGACGCGUGGGUCACACCUUACGAAUGUGCAGUGGCGAUGCUGGAAUGUAUGGAGAGCGAAAAGCAUCUUGGAGGUACUGUAUUGGAGGUUGGGAAAGAUAAUACCCGCCAAGUUCAGGUUUUCAAUGAUCCGGGGCCGGAUUUUAAGGAUCCUACCAAGGGAUUCUCAACCAGUAAUUGGGAGGAAGGGGAUGCGAAUGUUUGGCAUUGGCUUGGUGAGAAGGACAUUUGGGGCUACAAGUUGUAA